UUUGGCUGCUGGCAAUUUGCUUCCUCUCUGCCGGAAAUGAAAGUACUGUGCUGCGUGGGCUGCUCCAGGCACCCGUCCCCGUCCCCAGCGUGGCCCUUGCCCAAGGGGCCGCAAGGCAAGGGGGCACCGACAGGUGCCCAGAGCAGUGCCAAGCCGGACUCGCAGGCCAGUGACGACGAGGCCGUCAGCGAGGUGCUGAGUCAUUACAGCAGUGCCAGCGAAGGGGCCAGCCUGGCGGAGGAGGGCACAGGGAGUGAGGCAGUGGAUGAACAAGCCCAGGAGGAGGAAGCAGAGGACAAGUUGAAGGAGUACAUGGACAGCAUCCUGGACAAGAGUGCCAAGACACGCCAGGCGGCCCUGCAGAGCCUGCGUCUGGCCUUCUCCUCCAAAACACUCUCUGAGUUCUUGCUGGAACGUCGCCUCACGCUUACCGACUCCUUGGAGAAGUGUCUCAAGAAAGGUAAAGGGGAGGAACAGGCACUGGCGGGCACUGUCCUCACCCUCCUCUGCCUCCAGAUGGGCUCUGGCCCUGAGGGUGAAGAGGUAUUUCGCAGCUUGAAGCCCCUGCUCGUCAGCAUCCUGACAGACAGCACAGCCAGUGCUAUCGCCCGGCAGAGUUGUGCCACAGCCCUGGGCAUGUGUUGCUACAUUGCUGCUGCUGAUCUAGAGGACCUGGUGUCAUGUCUGUCCUGCUUAGAGGGCAUCUUCAACACCCCUGGUGUGGGCGAGGGCAGCUCAGUGCUCGUGCAGCAUGGCCCUCUGCACUGCAGUGCCCUCCAGUCGUGGUCCCUCCUCCUCACCAUCUGCCCCACCUCCCACAUCAAGAGUAUUUUGGACAAUCACUGGCUCAAGCUGCCCUUGCUGCUGUCCAGCAACAGCAUCGCGCUGCGCAUCGUGGCUGGAGAAACCAUCGCGCUGGUCUUUGAGCUAGCCCAGGAUGUGGAGGAGGACUUGUGCCACCAGGACACUGAGUUCCUGCGUGCCCAGCUCAAAGUCCUGGCCACCGAGAGCAACAAGUAUCGGGCCAAGACAGACCGGCGAAAGCAACGCUCCAUCUUCCGGGACAUCCUGCGUUUCAUUGAGAGUGGGGAAUAUCAGGAGGAGACCAUCCGAUUUGGCCUGGAGUGUAUGUAUGUGGACAGCUGGGCACGUCGGCGAACAUACCAAGCCUUCAAAGAGGUGCUGGGCUCCGGCAUCCGCCACCACCUCCAGAACAACGAGCUGCUACGGGAGAUCUUUGGCCUUGGGCCCCCAUUGGUGCUGGAUGCAGCUACUCUGAAAGCCAGCAAGGUCUCCCGCUUUGAGAAGCACCUCUACAAUUCGGCUGCCUUCAAAGCCCGCACGAAAGCCCGGAGCCGGGUGCGGGACAAGCGGGCGGACGUGCUGUGAUGGGCAGAGCAGGGCAGUGCCCCCUGGCCCAUGUGGACUGCAGACCCAGCACUGUGAGGGGCAGUUGCCCCUGGCCCUCGGGCUUUUAUACGUGUACAGCAGAGUAUUUAAUGCCUGGUGCUGCCCCGCUGGGGUUUGCCCCCUCUUUUAUUUUUUUAACCAAAAAAAAAAGAAGAAAAGGGUAAAAGAAAAGUAGAGAGGGGAGGUAGUGGGGUGCUGCUGCGUGCCUGCUCUGUGCCAAGGGGGACUGCUGCUCCAUGUGGCACAGUGGGAGAGGGUGUCACAGGGUUACUGCAGCCCAUUUGGGAAGCAAGGUUUACGGGGGGAUCCCCCAUUUGUGCUCCCCUCCCCAGUCCUGUGUGAGUAUAGGCGUUGCCCAUCAUGGCCAGAAGAGCUGGCUGGGGAGAGUCCUGCUGUGGCCUUACGGAGCACAGAGCUAGGUUUCUUCAGGGUGGGAGUGGGGAGGGGUGCCCACGCUGCCCCAAGCGGACUGGGAGAGCUGUGCUUUCUGCCCUGCUAGGUGCAGAAAGCUGGGGUGGCUGGCCCAGCUCUCUGUGCCCACUGGUGUGCCUGCGGCAGGAGCGCUGCCCCAGUUCCUUGCUGCCACGCUGGACAUAGCCCAUGCAGCUGGUAGCAGCCUGGCACCCAAGGAUGGUGGCUGAGUAGCACAGGUUCCUGGGGGCUGGCAGGCACUGCCCAGCCCUGCCAGCUAACUGCUGUGAGCCCUUUUCUAGCCCCAUGCUUUGUAUGAAAUAACCCUUUUGUGGGAAACAAAUUAGGGGUGGGGGUGGUGCAGCGGGCACCUCCCUGCGUUGCCUCUGCCUCCCUGGGGGGCCAGGCUGGGCACCACUCCCUGGGGCACCCAUUUUGCCAACCCUGGGCAGGGGCUGCCACGGCUCCAGUAUCAAGGGCUGCAGAUGGCAUGACUCCCUGUACGGUAGGAGUGGGGUCACGCCAGCUAGGAGUUUCCAUCCACCCCGGAAUGUAUUUAUGGUGGCGAUUUUAUAAGACUUGAUUACUGGAGGUAAUUAAAAGGCUGAUUGCAGGGUG